AUGCAUACCACAAAUAUCCUCGCCCGCGAUAUUGCGUCGUCGGAAACCAUUAGGCUUUAUUAUGCCUCUCUUGUCAUCUUUGGCACCCUCUUUGCACCCACUCUUCUUAUUGCGUACAAACAUGGAAAACCUGGGAUGUUAUGCUGGCCAAUCUUUGUGGGAUCUUUCGGCCUUCGCUUGAUUGCUGAUGCUUACCACAUCACCCGCCGCCACGAUGCCGAGGAGUACGAUGCAAUAACCCUCAUUACUUCUACCGGAAUUAUUGCCACCCUUUCAUUGACGCUUCUCGGCAUGAUUUACGAAGGCCUGAACCUUGUCUCGCUUCCGUCAAGCCGACGCGGUCGAAAGAUUGUCCUCGGUGUUACUCAUUUCGUCAUCACUUUCAGUACCGGAAUGACAGGAUACGGUGGAGUACCCGACCCGACAGCCUCUGGGGGCGUUAAAAACGAAAACCUCAAUAGGCUUGGUUGCUCCGUGGCGGUACUGGCUAUGUGUGGUAUUUUGGUUUGGUUAUACUUUUCUGGGAGGCGCAUCUUUCCCUCCUCUCAAGUUACGGAUCAAUUUUCUAACUACCAGGCCGCCAAGUGGUUACUAAUGGCCGCUGGGGCUGGGUCAAUCAUCAUGAUGGUUCGCGUAAUAUACAACCUGGCAUACGCUUUCAACCAGACACCUAGCUGGGACCCUGUUACGGGAAGCUUUGCCACAAGGCUCGUCCUGGUAUUUGGAACCCAGUUAUUGAUCGCACUUGUGGUCAUUGCAGGUGGCUGGCUGAGCAAGGACGCCCGACCUCCUCCACUCCUAAAGGCCCUUGACGGAUCUCUUGAGAUGUCUAGUAGCUCACAUCUAGUUUGA